AUGCACCGUUCCUCCAGUCACAGUAACAGCAGCGCGUUCAGUCCCAACGCAAACCCUAACGAGGACUGGACCAAGAUUUCCGAUCUUGCAGAGCGCCGGCGUAUUCAAAACCGCAUUGCGCAGCGAAACUACCGCAAAAAGCUGAAGCGACGAUUGGAGGAUCUCGAGCGCCGUGCAGCAUCUUCUGCCUCGCCAGAAGCCACACACGCUGAGCCCGUGGCUCCUGCCAAAGCUGCGCCUAACAAGCCUCGCUCCAAGCAACCGCGAGCCAGCAAAGUCACCGACCACAGAGCACACUCGACACAUGGCUCAGCUCCUGAGCGUCCAGCCUCCUACGACUAUUACACAACCACCCAAGACGAGCGUGGUAUGUUCGGACAACAAUGUACCCGCCAACUGUCCGCCUCGCCUCCCCCAGUCUUCUCUUACCCACCGAUGCCCAACUACGACAACUUUCGCCCUGGUUACGGGCAACUGCCGGUCUAUCACGCCGUUCCAAGUUCCUACAGCGACAUCUCAUUUGCCGACUACGGCGACCCAGUCCCGAGCAUCUUGCCAAUGGUGAGCGGCCCGGCUAUAGGCCGCAAGCCAUACGACGAGGACAUGAUGAGCCCAUUCAGCAUGAGCUACGCAUCGAUGGCAGGUAUCGACCUAAUGCCUCAGCCGCACGCAGAAACAAGCCUUCCGGUGCCCUCGCUUUCUUACAGCUAUUCUCAUGACCAUGACCAUCGUGCGGGGUCGACUUCGACUGCUUCACCUGAAGCUUCCAUCCUUGCGUUUCCCCUGACUCCCCAGUCACCCCCAUGCUCCCCGCGCUCGAUGUCGGGCCUUUUCGAGUAUGGUCUGCAACUAUGA